AUGAUCCGCUACAAUGGAUCCAUCAACUCAGAAGAGAGUCCCCAAGGCAUGCGAUGCCUGCAAGCGUCGCAAGGUGAAGUGCAACGGUCAGGAGCGAUAUGCGUGUACACGGCUACGGGCAAGCUGAGAAGUCAGGGCAAGAGAGGACAUAUCAUCUCUGAAUUCAGGAACCAGAUGAGCAAUCCUCAUGCGACGUCACCGCCCACUAUACUACCGGCAAACGAACAGCACAUUCAACCAUACAGCAGGUCUACAUAUGCUGUCGACCGCAAUGGGUUCGGUUUAGCAUCUCCUGAAUCUCCCAUUGCUCUGCAGUACAGCAAAACUUUCUUCCUGGAUCUCAUACCGGACUACAUGGAGGGGGUCUAUCCUGUGCAACCAGUUAUUGCAGAGCACGAACUGCGGCAUUACAUCAGCUCAAUGGAUCACGAUCAGGAGAUGCAAUCUUUCAUAUACUCUUUCGGUGGCUGCACGCUCAACCUGACUCGAUACGGAGAUCGAAGAACAGGGGAGGUUGUACAGACCAUCGAAAAUCUCAUGGACCUUUCGAUCGAUACGAUGAAGCCACCACACAAGCUUCACCAUUCAUCGGUCAUGCGAGCUAUGCAGUCAAUAUUUAUACAUAACUGCCUCAUGAGUUUACAAGGCAGUGAUGCAGCUUUUCACUGGAUGAGAGAUGCAAUCACCGCGAUACAACUGCUACGUAUCGACAACCCAGAGCAUGUUACAAAAUUGUCAGGACCGGAAAGAUCAAGACGACAGCGCCUGUACUGGCAAGCUUACAUCCACGAGCGUUUCCUCGCCAUUCUGGACUACCGUCAAGCCAUAAUGUUGCCACUGUACACCUUACCUGAAGACGACCCCACUAUCCCCGUGCAGGUCCACGAAGGGUUCAACCAGAUCAUCAAGCUCUUCCGCCUUCUAGACACAGAAUUCAUCAGUAGCUGGCUCGGCGCGGCUGGACAAACCGGCCCUGUCACCAGUACGUGGGUCGAGGCCAAGUCGCGUGAGCUCGAGGGCGAUCCGGAAGCCGAUGCGCUGGAGCUAGCAAACCUUUCCAUGAUGCAGCGCGCAGACCUGACCAUCACGCGCGAAUGGCUCCGCACACUAGUAUGGCGGCUCGCCAUGGGUCAGACGCUGCUUUCGUCGCGAUCCUCAAAGGAGUGCUUGUCACUCCUGUUUCCAGUCCGAUUAUCGCAGUCUCUGCGGCAUCAGCUGUCGAUUAUGUCGCGCCAGGACAUCGAGGUGCAUGGUAGCUCCAUCACGCAGAAGCUGUUCGAGAUCACCGAUACCAUCGCCGAUGUGCUGAUCCACAUUCCUGCGGCUACGCUGGAAGAAACGGCUCUCCGUAUCGACGACUUCCUGUUCAUUCUCGACUUUGUACUGCUACUGCCCCAGCUCGACGCGACUCGGCGGGGUAUUCUGUUGGAAAAGCUGGAGCGCCUGCAGACCAUGUUUCCUGAGGCGCUCAGCAAUGCAAGCUCGCCAAAUUUGCCGCUGGAUCUGCAGAGCCCCUGCGCAAACGAUCCUUGGUACCAGGUGGCACAGUCCAAAACGGCUGCAGGCAUUGAGGAGAUGGCGGAUGAACAAGCGCUGGUGCAAGUACAGACACAACAAGAUGGAUGUGUACGAAUUCCAAGAGAAGUCCGAGUUGGUCAGUUGGCUACUUGGAAUCACAUAUCAAGAAGGCUGUCGAUGGCGCAUUUUAGCACUUCAUAG